UCUCUCUGUUUCUCUCCUUUUUUUUUCUCUCUCUCUCGGAAAGUUUUUUCCCCGGGAAGCUUUCGUCGGAUUCUGCAUCCGCCGCCGAGGAGUGGUUGAUUUUUUUUUUUUGGUGUUCGCGUCUUGCUUAGGGUUUUUGAAUUGGCGGAGUGGAUUGGGGAAUGUCGAUCGGGAGCUCCAAUUCGGGGAGCUGGUAGUUCCGAUCUCGAAGUUAGGGCUUGAAUCGAAGGGCGCGAAUACGAUGGAGGUCGAUUCCUCGAUGGCGACUGAUGCCGAUCACGAUCUGGCGGUCCAGAACCACAACAACGGUCCGUCUCAGCCGGCGGCGAUGAGGGAGCAGCAGCAGCUCGCGGAGCAGCCUCAAGCCGGAGGUGGAUCUCCCGGGGCCGCGGCGCCUGGGCAGCCGCCGCAGCCGGUGCAGCAGAGCCCCGUGGUUGGGCCGAGGCCAGCCCCGACGUACUCAGUGGUGAACGCGAUAUUAGAGAAGAAAGAGGAUGGCCCUGGGCCAAGGUGUGGCCACACGUUAACUGCGGUGGCUGCCGUCGGAGAGGAGGGGGCUCCGGGUUACAUUGGGCCGAGGCUGAUUCUGUUUGGCGGUGCCACUGCUCUUGAGGGCAAUUCUGCAGCUUCAGGAGCUCCGUCAUCAGCUGGAAACGCCGGAAUCAGACUUGCUGGUGCCACUGCUGAUGUGCACUGUUAUGAUGUCUUGACAAAUAAGUGGUCUAGGAUUACUCCAUUUGGAGAACCACCCACACCAAGAGCAGCCCAUGUGGCUUGUGCUGUGGGAACUAUGGUUGUCAUUCAGGGUGGAAUUGGUCCAGCUGGCUUGUCUGCUGAGGAUCUUCAUGUUCUCGAUCUUACACAGCAAAGACCAAGAUGGCAUAGAGUUGUUGUUCAAGGUCCUGGCCCAGGGCCUCGGUAUGGACAUGUUAUGGCCCUGGUGGGGCAAAGAUAUCUCAUGGCAAUUGGCGGAAAUGAUGGGAAGAGACCUUUGGCUGAUGUAUGGGCCCUGGAUACUGCUGCCAAACCCUAUGAAUGGAGGAAGCUAGAACCAGAAGGCGAGGGUCCACCUCCUUGCAUGUAUGCAACUGCCAGUGCACGUUCCGAUGGUCUUCUUCUGCUUUGUGGAGGGAGGGAUGCAAGUAGCGUGCCACUGGCAAGUGCGUAUGGACUCGCCAAACAUAGGGAUGGCCGAUGGGAGUGGGCCAUUGCCCCUGGUGUUUCCCCAUCUCCGAGAUACCAGCAUGCAGCGGUCUUCGUUAAUGCUCGUCUCCAUGUAUCUGGAGGUGCACUUGGCGGUGGACGAAUGGUAGAGGACUCGUCAAGUGUUGCUGUGUUGGAUACUGCUGCUGGUGUUUGGUGUGAUACCAAGUCUGUCGUUACUAGUCCUAGAACAGGCAGAUACAGUGCUGAUGCAGCUGGUGGCGAUGCUGCAGUUGAGCUGACAAGGCGCUGCAGGCAUGCAGCAGCUGCUAUUGGUGAUCUAAUAUUCAUUUAUGGUGGCUUGCGUGGUGGUGUCUUGCUGGAUGACCUGCUUGUUGCUGAAGAUCUGGCUGCCGCAGAGACGACUACUGCAGCUUCACAUGCUGCUGCUGCAGCUGCUGCAUCGAAUUCUCAAUCACCACGGCUAACAGGAAGAUAUGGUUAUGUUGAUGAAAGAACAAGACAGAUGACUGAGGCAGUCCCUGAUGGUGCAGUUGUUCUCGGAAACCCAGUCGCUCCCCCUGUAAAUGGUGAUAUGUAUACUGACAUAAGCACUGAAAAUGCCAUGCUCCAGGGAUCACGGAGAAUGGCUAAGGGUGUUGAAGACUUGGUUAAAGCAUCAGCAGCAGAAGCUGAGGCUAUUAGUGCUACUUUGGCAGCUGCAAAGGCCCGGCAAGUUAAUGGAGAAGUUGAGUCACCGGACAGGGAUCGUGGUGCAGAGGCUACUCCCAGUGGGAAGCAAUUAUCUUCUUCUAUUAAAAUACCUGAUUCUACUGGUCCAAAUAACCUUGCCCCAGCUGGAGUGCGGUUGCAUCAUAGAGCUGUGGUUGUAGCUGCAGAAACUGGUGGAGCUUUAGGUGGCAUGGUUAGACAACUUUCAAUAGAUCAAUUUGAAAACGAAGGCAGGCGGGUCAGCUACGGAACGCCAGAGAGUGCUUCUGCAGCAAGAAAGUUGCUAGAUCGACAAAUGUCAAUUAACAGUGUGCCCAAGAAGGUCAUUGCACAUCUCUUAAAGCCUCGUGGAUGGAAGCCUCCAGUGCGCCGACAGUUUUUCUUAGAUUGCAAUGAAAUUGCCGAUCUUUGCGACAGUGCUGAGAGGAUAUUUUCUAGUGAACCUAGUGUUUUACAGCUUAAGGCUCCUAUAAAGAUUUUUGGUGAUUUGCAUGGUCAAUUUGGAGAUCUCAUGCGUCUUUUUGAUGAGUAUGGGGCACCUUCAACUGCUGGGGAUAUUGCGUAUAUUGAUUAUCUAUUCUUGGGAGAUUAUGUUGACCGUGGCCAACAUAGUUUGGAAACCAUCACUCUUCUGCUUGCUUUGAAGGUUGAGUAUCCUAGUAAUGUGCAUUUAAUUCGAGGGAACCAUGAAGCUGCAGAUAUCAAUGCUCUUUUUGGCUUCAGGAUUGAGUGUAUUGAGCGCAUGGGUGAGAGAGAUGGCAUCUGGGCAUGGCAUCGGAUAAAUCGUCUGUUUAAUUGGCUUCCUCUAGCUGCUCUAAUUGAGAAGAAGAUCAUUUGCAUGCAUGGUGGUAUUGGACGGUCCAUUAAUCAUGUGGAACAGAUUGAAAGUAUCCAACGUCCUAUUACCAUGGAGGCUGGGUCUAUUGUUCUCAUGGAUUUGUUAUGGUCUGACCCAACAGAAAAUGAUAGCGUAGAAGGUCUUAGGCCAAAUGCCAGAGGUCCAGGGUUGGUUACUUUCGGGCCUGAUCGAGUGAUGGAAUUCUGCAACAUCAAUGAUCUGCAGUUGAUUGUGCGCGCUCACGAAUGUGUGAUGGAUGGUUUUGAGCGUUUCGCUCAAGGACAUUUAAUUACUCUAUUCUCGGCAACGAAUUACUGUGGUACUGCAAAUAACGCGGGGGCAAUAUUGGUUUUGGGAAGAGAUCUUGUUGUCGUUCCUAAACUCAUUCAUCCUUUGCCACCAGCCAUCUCAUCACCAGAAACAUCACCCGAACGCCAUAUAGAAGACACAUGGAUGCAGGAGCUCAAUGCAAAUAGACCUCCGACACCAACCAGAGGACGCCCUCAAGUCGCAAAUGAUCGGGGUUCUCUUGCUUGGAUUUAACAACAGAUGCUCUAGGUUGUGAUUGUAUACUCAAUUCUGGCCUGCACUCCUCCCAGCUGUGUGGUCCACAGUGUAUGGAGCAUGGCGAUCAUAUCAUUGGAAACACGACUUGUAAUUUUCAGUCGAUGGGGGAAGUUCUGGCUCGGUUGAAUUGAAAUUUUGCCGUGAUGGGUGGUGCAUCGAGAUGAGAAUACAAGCUUGUGGACGAGUUGCAGGCGGAGGAUUAGAUUUUUGUAUGUUUGAUGUGCCGGGAGAUGCAGUUUGGGUCUGCGCGCCACACUGUAAAUUGAGCCACAGAGUAGAAGUUACAGUCUUGGUUGUUGUUCAUGGGGUUUAUAAUGGGGGCGAUAUUCUUCCCCGUCAGUUUUAUAAUUUUUUUUUCUUGUUUUUGGUUUUCCUCGUUUAGGCCUAUUAUUCUUAUAAAUUUUUUUUUUUUUUCACAAACGUUCAAGAGGACUUGGGUUGUCUUGAUGAGAUAUAAUUAUAGUCACCGUUGGGAGUCUUAUGUAUCAUAUGAUGGGUAUUGCUUCGUGUAAUUUGUACAAUGUAACUUAGUGUGAAGGACAAGGAAUUGCUUUUGUUGG